AUGGAAGAAUAUGAAGAAAAGUCCAAGGUAGUAGAUAAUUAUAGCUGUAUUUCUGUAAGCCCUAACGGACAAAAUGUUGUGGUAAUCGAUCCUGACGCUACCGCAAUAAAGAUAUACAGUAUAUCGACAUGUGGAACAGCAAGACCCGUUGAAGACGAAAUAAGUCUCCCACAAAAUUUUGCAGCAAGUCUAGUUGCCAAGGGAGGUCACAUCUCACUUGCAGUAGCAGAUGAUCAUACCAUAGCAUUGUCCGUGUUUAACAUAUCCCCAGACACACUUCCAAAGAAAGCAUUAAUAGAAGUAAACAUACGCAAAGACGGUAUCUUUGAUCUGGAUAGUCUGGGUGUUGGCUCAACAAGAAUAGUCGACGCUGCAACAAACACUAUUAUUGUUGAUUUGGACAUUGGUGGCGUAAUUCGAUUUAUCGAUAACGAAACGGUGGUCGUUCUCCAAGAAACUACUUAUACGCUGUGCAACAUAUACAAACAGCAGAAACGACAACUGUUUAUGUAUCCACCCCCAAUGAUGCAGAAACUAUCAGUAAAAGAGGCAUACAAACAGAAUCUGUUACUGGAUAGGCAAAUUAUCGAUCGGUUUCUUAUAAGCAUCGAUCCAUCGGGAGGGCUUGAUCUUUUUGACGUGACGAAUGGCGAGUUGGUACAAAACUUUCGACACGCUCCGAUCAACGACAUUGAAGCAGUCAUGGUUGCUCUUAUCCCUUUUGUUACGAUAUCAUCCAACUCAAAGUUCCUGGCUGCUUGCGAUAAAAAGGGACAAAUAAGCGUAUAUCUUAUGGAAAGCGGCAUACAUGUGGCUACCCUAAGAUCAGAAAAAAGAGACAUUGAUAUGCUAUGUUCAGAAAAAUAUGGUCAUCCUGUGUUCAUGGCGUUUAUCGACAAUGAUCAAAAGCUAUUUACCAUAAUUGAAAACAAACAUGGUUAUCGCCAUACGAUUUAUGAACUAUCAGAGUUUUACACAAAUACGGAAUAUCACUCGUUCAGUCGGUUUUCGAAAAAGGACUUUGGUUUUAGGGUAUCAAAGCAUCAUCCUAUAAUACAGACCGUGGGUGGGCUAUUUUAUGUUGAAGCGGAUGGUAAACCAACGAAAUUAGAUCCAAUCAAUAUGGUUGCAGACGAGACGCCUUGUAACUCUCCUCUACUCGCUAGUUUGGUGAUUAAUUCGAACGAAUCCCGAGAGUUAUUAAGUAUACCUGAGAGACCAUUGCCUAUGUCGGAAAAAAAAUACGGUCUAUUACCCGAUGCCAUUAAUUUCGAACCCUGGGAAAGGACCGGAAGACCGCACCGGUCAGAAGCCCUGGAUAGUUCGAGAUCUUUGUGGUUGAUCGUUGGUGAAGAUACAAUACAGAUAUGGCAGAAUCUCAACAAACCGAUAUUCCUCUGGGCCGCGCAUGAUCACAUAUCCGACCUCCAAUCAAAUAUUGUAAAAAUUAAACACCACACUCAUAGACGUGAAGGAGAACAUGAUUUAAUAAUAAAAGUAGCAACUGAUGAUGAAAAGGAAGACACUGUUAUCCGCAUAUACAAUUUAUUUAAAGAUGGAAAUCACCUGAGACAAUCAGUGGUACCACUCGUCAACAGUUUUGCAUUCAUCAAACGGAUACAACAACAGACACCCAACACGUCAGCAUACAUUCGGAAUUCAAAGAGAAUACGAGAUCUUGAAUCAUGUGCACGCCGAGCCAUUUAUAACGUCAUUGAAAAUCAACCGGACGUCUGGCAAUUGAUGGAUUCAAGAUACAAGAUCAUGAGGACAUUGUUGCUUACAAAGGACGACGAUAUCAUUGCUGAAAUAUUGAAACCGGGGAGAUGUCUACAUCGACCACAGUUUUAUGGUGAUGGAUAUCAGUAUUAUGAAAGCGAUUUGACCGUUGCGUCGGGGAUUAGCAGAGAAAGUCUAAGAAAAAUGUUAAGACAUUACAGUAAGAAUGCAUUAGAGGCAGUCGGCUGGAUGGCGACAUUUUCAAGUGCUCUACCACUGUUAUAUAGAAAACACCAAGAUAUUGUUGAUGAAUACUUUUCAAAUUCAGCAGUGUUUGGAGCAAAGACUGUCGAUCCGAGUGACUUUCAAUAUUGCGACGUUAGCGUAUCUCCGGAACGACUAAGCAGGGUGCGAUCGAUCGAUUUCAUUCCCAAACUACAACCACCGCCAGAACUGGAUGACGACUCGCUAACAUUCACCCAAAAGACUCGGCACAAUGUGUUAAAGUCUAUUUAUUUCUUUGCAAGGUUGUUCAAGUCGAUGUAUACGGUUUUGCCGUCAGAACAGAGACAUAGAUUUGGGACACUGUGUCUGGUGCCUCUACCGGAAUUCGAUGGCAAUACCAAUGCAGCAAGGAAAUCAGCUCGGCCCGAAAAACCGACUUUCUGGAGCGAGACAGCAGAGAGAUUGUCUCGAUUGUCGAAACCUUCAUUCUUACUCUGGAUUCCGGCAGUUAACCUUCUAUACAUGGUAUCCAUGAGAAGGUCGAUCGAAUGUGCAUGCAGUCCUUUUCUCAAUCUAUUCAAAUUACUUCCGUCAAGUUCUAUCUUCGAGAGUCCCUGUAUGGAGGCGGUGGUCGAUUUUAAAUGGAGGAAAUAUGGGCAAAACAAAUUUACCCAGUAUCUUGUAUAUUACUGUGUUUGCUUCAUAAUGUUUUCGGCCCUGAUAUGGCACUGGUUGAAUGCAGAACGCUCGAAAUUGAUGACAUUUUAUGCGCUUAUUAUGGUUUUCAAUUAUGUAUUCUUUCUAUUGUUCGCCUUGAAGAAACUGAGGGUUAAUCCAAGAAGCACUUAUGCAUGGAUCGAGUUACUGACCAUCAUAGCCGCUGUUGGUGCCAAUAUUCUCAUGCUUCUGGAUUCCGUUGGGGUUCUGGCGAACGGGGCGCAGACUAUCGUUAUUUAUUCUGCAUUCGCUAUUCUGAGUCUAUGGGUACAAUUUAUUCUCAUGCUUAGAGUCGUAAACGGUAUUGGACAUUACGUUAGCACUCCAAUAUCGAUACUCAAACAUACUUAUCGCUUCCUGGUAGUUAUGGCUUUAUUCAUUAUAGGAUACGGACAUACAAUUGGCACUUCCCCAUUGGUUCAAAAUCAAAACUUCCUCACUCUCACCGUAAUCUUAGUAAUAGGCACUCUCAUACUAGUUACAAUGAUGCAGAACAUACUUAUCGCUUUAAUGACAGCGGUUGUCGAGACUGUGAAAGAAGAUGAAAAAAAUAUGAUUCUCGUACUACGAGCCGAAUACCUGAUUGUAGUUGAAGAAAUGCUUCUCAGCUCAAAAGAGCAUCACAAUAGGGAAUGGUUUCCAAAGCAUAUAUUUUAUUACGCUAAUGCGGAUUUAGUUGAAAAAUGGUAUAAAAAGGAAAGAGCGACGAAGACUAUGCAUGGUGUUGAGGAAAGAAUUUCUAAGCUUGAGUCUUUGGCUCAAGGGAUUCUUGAUGCUUUAAACAACAGACUAUAA